AUGGCUAACAGUAACGAUCGCUAUACAACAAGAACAACUGUAGUCACAAGUCAGGAACGAAUACAACCGACAGUAUUUGUUGAAAUUGAGCGGCCUGAACUGGACAUCGGCUACUUGAGAACGUUGUCUGGUCUUGUAAAAUGUAUCGCCAUUGCUUUGGAUUUCGUUUGUUUCAUUUGCCUAUUGGUCGGUGGUCCUGGCUAUUAUACAGCUACAGGUGGAGCAACGUUUGUAGCAGUCACUGGGAUGACUAUUUCUUUGACACUUCUGUGUUUGUAUCUGUUCAGAGUGGUCGACGUGCUUAGUCAAGUUCCAUGGAUCACAUGCGAGAUGAUAUUCUGUUUCAUGUGGACCGUAUUGUACUUCAUUUGCGGUUGUGUGCUAGCGGUUGCUGCUGCACAAUUGCGUGCAGUAACUGGAUUCGGUGCCGCGUCGUUCUUCGCAUUUGGUGCAAUGUGUACGUACGCAUUCGACUGCUACCUAAAAUUUUUGGCAUGGCGUAAUAACGAAAUUGCCACAGGUGGUGGCCCAGUUGACAUCUACGGUGAUUCAGCAAAUGCUGAGACUGGUCUACGCAAAAGAAUCAACGUUACUCAAUCAUAG